AUGUUCGUUGGUGGUUUGGAUCCUCCGCAACCACCUGGAAAGAACCAGGAUCCCUUCGCCGUGCUUUCUUACCGGUUGCGCGAAGCAUUGCUGGGCCAGCGCAAAGCGGCAGUCUGGCAGCCACAGAAAGACAAAACCUUCCAGGUGAUCAUCGUCGACAAGGAUGUUCGCUUUCCGCCACGUAAACUCGUUCCACCUGAAGACCCACAAUACCAUGCCGCCCAUUCUCCUCUGUCGCCGCUGACCCCCACGUCGCCCUUGUACCCAGACGGAUUGAUCGCGCCGAUAUGGAUACGAAAGCACACCACACUCGUACCAUCCGUAUACGUCGUGUUCAUGCGCAUAUAUGAGUCUCCCCAAGCGGCUCGUGCGCCACUGGAGCCGUCCGAAGCAGAUCGUGAGCGGGAAGCGGAGGAGCGGAGGAGAGACACUGAAUUAUGUGCGGACAUUGCACAACGGAAACGGACGACAAGCGAGAGGGGGGUGAAGCUCACGGUGGUGCUUCUUGCAAGUAGGAAGAUGUUAGACGAGCCGUCGUUGGAUAACCGCUUGACCUACAUCCGGAGACAGAGUGGACUGGAUCCCCGCGCGGCGCUUUUUGUGUUGAGUCCCGUCUCGCCGUCCGAAGUCGGGGACUUUGUGCGCAGUCUCCAAGAGGCGCUAUAUGAGCCUGCUGUGGAAUACUACACGAACCACUCGAAGCGUGUCCGUCGGAAGCGCAACCGCCACUCGCAGAGCGCUGCGGCAUAUUCAGCUCCGCCCAUCGCUGGUGCAGCAGGCGCGCGGCCGCUACGUCCAGAGGGGUGGACGGUCCGCUACGAGUACAAGAUGGCAUGCUUUGCAGAGUUUCGCGGAGAGGAUGAGGUAGCACUGAAGCAUUAUCAGGAUGCGUAUUCGAAUCUCCUGAUCAUGUUUGGCUCGACUGCAAUCUUACCUCCGCGGACGAAGCGAUGGGCGGAGGCAAAAGUUCUCGCCGAUUGUAUCAGCCUGAAGGUUUGCAAGCUAUACUUAUACAACAACGAACACUCGCUUGCUCUCUCGCACCAUAACAGUCACCUGCGCAAGUUUGCAGACUUCUCGCGGGGAUGGGGCAUCGGUGAGGAGACUUUUGAGUUCUGGAGCUGGUUGGCUCGUCAACAUCGAGCAUUUGCGGAACUAUUGGAACAGGGCACGCGCACAACUCUCAAGAUUCCAACACACUAUAAUUUAGGAUCGUCUUCUGUCGCAGCCGCCGCCGCCGCGGCGCAGGCACUCGACAGCGGACAGCGGAAUGUGUUAGAGCUGGACGCGAUGCGUGCCCUUGGGCUCAAUCCGCUACAGGCGCUGCAGCACCCCGGAUUCUAUUAUUACAUGGCUGCACGGUGUACCGAGCGCAGGCGAGAGCGAUAUAUGAGCACGACGAAAGCCGAGGAACAAGCCAACACCACCUCUCCGGGCUUUACGAACGAAAAGAAGGUGGACCAUCUCGCGCUUGCCCUGGAGUUGUACACCCGAUCGUAUGAAUUAUUCAAAGCGCACAGUCCCCCAACUACCCAGGGCCACGGGCGCCUCACACUGUGGAUAGCAUACCGAAUCGCACAGACAUAUUUUGAGUCUGGGAAAUUUGACAUGGCUGUUCGGUUUUUCGAGCGCAUAGCGAAGACAUAUCGCCGCGAGAAAUGGGACUCUUUAUUGCAGCCUCUGCUUUCGGCCUGGUACUCAUGCGCAAAACAAAUGGGCGACACGGGGCUUGGCGUCCGCCUGCUUUUUGAGAUGCUGGGGCACGGUGUUAGGACGCAGCAAGGGGAUGAAAGCUCUACUCAAGCAGAUCUUAUGGAAAUACUCAAGAGCACCGCGCCGGAGGGCCCCGUCGUUAUAGAGUCAUCAGAGACUCAGCCAAUACUGGAUGCAUCCGUGGUCUUUUGGAAGCACAACGUGAUUGUGAACGAAGCAACAGCCUUUCAGCUAUCUAUUAAAGCGAAGCCGACCGUUUCCCUCUCGGCUCUGCCUUUUGUGUCACUCAUCGUACACUUUUCUUCUGACAUCCCCCCUGUAACUGUUCAUCAUAUUGCAUCAGACACGUCCGAAGUGGCCGUUAUACAGAGAAUAGACUUGGGGCACGUAGAGAUCCCUUUCGCACAGGAUGAUAUGAAGAGCAAAAAGGUGGAAGGAUGUCUGCGGUGGUGUCCUUCCGGCACAAUUGUCUUUAGUGGGAGUAUAUCCUCUGAUACACCUGCUGUUGUCAAGAUUAGCAAAGUCAUCUUGACCCUGCAGGAAGGAGCAUGGAAGUUAGAGUUCCCUCUGCAUCCCUCCAGCGAUCGACAUAACGUGCACCCAAGCUGGCUAAGCUCCGCUGAUCCUAUCCAAUUCAUACCCGUCCGCGGGGAACAUCAUACAUCUGUCUCCUUUCACUAUCGACCACACCGAGUGGAGGUCUCACUGUCACACUAUGCGCCCGCAUAUCUUGGAGAAGACUUCCCUAUCGUCAUUCAUGUCACAAAUGCAGACGACAGAGAUAUGGAGAUGAUUGUGGAUGCGCUUCUGCAACCUAGCGAGAUGGAUGUAGCAGACAACUUCAUUAGCUUGGGGGACGAACGAUCAACCAGCCUCGUGAAAGCGGUUCCUCUGGGCAUAAUCUCCCCCGGGGUCAGCACGUCCGUCACGUUGUAUCUCUCCAACGCGGGCGCGGCAUAUGACAGAGUCGUCGACAUCUCAGUCCAGUCUCGUGCGCUCUCUUCUACGGAACCAGCGAGCCCAACAUCUCCCGGAAGUCCGACAGCGCCUGCAGUCGUGGACAGAGACGAGACAUUGCGUACCUUGAUCGUACCAACGAUUGAUCCGAUACACGCAGAGCAGCAGGUCACUUACAGAAGAUCAUCGAAGGAUCAACUGGGACUCGCUGAUCUACGGACGUACGAGGGCGACUUUUGGGACGACGGGAAUGCUGGCGAAGCUAUAGUGACGACCGUUAUCAGGUGUAUGGCCCCAUCGGGUAUCUCAGUGGAAAGUAUCAAGUUGACCAGACAGGAUGUCAAGCGCGCAAAAGUACUGGAUUGCUCGAUAGAGCAGGACCAAGAUGAUUUUCUCUCAGAAUGGCUGCCCGGGGAUGAGUUUUGUGGUCGAUGUCGAAUAAGCCUGUCCAACAGUGAUGAAGAUGUGUCGGAGGAAACUUUUGAUGGGCCUGGAAAGUAUGAGAUAUUUUGGAGAAGAAUUCUCCCAGAGGGAACCCAGGGCUCCUUAUCCGUCAGUCGCUUUCCGCUGCCUCAAUUACGACCGCCGACAGAUGGGCUCGUUGCACUCUUGGAUAUCCCGCCGAUUGCAAAGCUGCACGUGCCUUUCCUGCUCCGGCUUGUCAUACGCAACGGACAUCCCUCGCGGGCUGCGAAUGUCGUCAUUCAGCUGGAGAUUGACAGCUCAGAUCCAAUUAUUGUCUCGGGCCUUCGCAGUGGUCGAAUCCCCAUUAUUCUGCCGGGUGCAGAGGAGACUUUGGUCUGGAAACUCAUCCCGAUCGAAUGCGGCGCGGUGAAAAUCCCACGUAUCAAGGUCAUGGACCGCAGAAAAGAUAUUCACAGUCUAGCGAGUCUGGAGGCGGAGCCCGAUCAUGAAGGCGAGAUUGUGCGCAUCGUAGACAUCCGAUCGGACGAACGCAUGGAAACGUCUGGAGAAGUGCCAACGUGGGAUGGUGCGGGCGAGAACCAACGGGAUGGCAAUGAGCUGUCCAAAACGCCUAGUAGCCCGAUCAUCUUGGUUUUACCGUGA